AUGGAAGCUCGCCAUGAAGAGCUUCAAGUAGACGUUAAUGGCGACGAGGUUUUCAUCCUUGACAAGGUGACUAGUACAACAGUUUCCUACUGCUCUGUUUCCCCUGUUUCAUUACUCAUUAUCUGUUUGUCUUACUCGCAGUCAAUCAUGGAAUCCUUCUCUCCCAAACUGAGCCGGUUAUUCAGCAACACUACUCGUCAAAAACCAAACCAGCUGAAGGUCAUUUUCGACGAAUUCCCAGGAGGGGCAGAAGGAUUCGAGCUGGUGACAAGAUUCUGCUACAGAAAUGGAAAAUUCCCAAUCACUCCCUCUAAUUUCGUCAUCUUGCACUGCGCCACUCAGUUUCUUGAGAUUGACAUCGACGGGUCGGAAAAGUAUGUUGAAGAGAUCAGUUACUGGACCUGGUCGGAACUUGUUUCGGGUCUGAAACAGUGCCAGUUAGAUUCUGUUUCCAACUCGAGAUUCUCCUCGUUCAUACUGAGGAAAGUGAUGGAAUCCAUCGUAGCAAGGAUCUUGCUGCCUGUCGUGACGAGUUCCUCAACAAGUUCCUCGUCCGAUGGCUCAACCAGCUCUAGUAGUACUGCAACUAGUUUCAGAAGCUACUAUUCGUCGAGGAAUUGGUGGUUUGAAGAUCUCGUGUUUUUAAAACCGGAUUUGUUUGUCAAAUUAGUGAGGCUGAUGGUGGCUGAGAAAUUGGACCAUUGGGUCAUUUUCAGGUUUGUUGUCUUUCACCUCAAGUCUAAUGUUGGAUCAACUUCGACUCCGAAUGUAGAUGUCAAGAAUAUGGAGACUGCAGUCGACAUGUUCUCGAUGCUCGACAGGAGUGCUCUGUCUUGCAAGGGUUUGUUCGACGUUCUACGAGUCGUUUCGCGUUCGAGAGCCAAGAUCAGGUCGUGCCAGAGGGUGAAGUUGGAGAUUUUGAUUGGAUUGCGGCUAGAUGGAGCCACGUUGGACCGAUUGAUGCUUGUUCCACACCGAGGAAGGAAGAGAAACAAACGUCACGUGUACGAUGUGGAUUUGGCGAUGAGGCUAGUCAAGGCAUUUCUGAUCGAAGGUUGGGUAUCGCCAACUCGAUUGAAGAAAGUUGUCAACUUGUUUGACAACUAUAUUAGAGAAGUAGCUCCUGACAUUCGAUUGAAGACUAACAAGUUCUUAGCCUUGUUGACGAUUCUGCCGGAUUCGGGAAGAGAAUCAAGUGACGUACUUUAUCAAGCUAUUGACAUGUACCUUGAGGGACAUGUGGAGUUAUGUGGGAAGGAUGAAAGGAUGAGAAUUUGCAGUGCACUGAACAGGGGGAAGCUCUCUGGAGAGGCUUUAAGACAAUUAGCUCAUAAUCCGAGGUUUCCAUCAAUGGCGGCGGUCAAUGCGUUCAUGGCUCAACAAUCCAAGUUGUCUUGUAGCAAUGGAAUGUCAAGAAGCUGCUAUUACAACAGAAGUAAGUCGACAACAUUUGAAGCUAUGGCGACCAAGAAGGCAGAAGAUAAGUCCAUUUAA